AUGGCUCUGUCGAGAGCACUCAGAUGUUGUCAGAGGAUCUUCUCCUGGAUUCCCGUCUUCAUCAUCUCCUCUGUGGUCCUCUGGUCUUACUACGCGUAUGUCUUUGAGCUGUGCUUCGUUACUCUCAGUAAUCAUCUGGAGAGAGUGAUGUAUUUGUUGUUAUUCCAUGUCUGCUUUAUAAUGUUCUGCUGGAGCUACUGGAAGGCCAUCUUUACUCCAGCAUCUACACCGUCUAAAAAGUUCCAUUUAUCAUACAGUGAUAAAGAGAGGUAUGAGAUGGAAGAAAGGCCAGAUGCUCAGAAGCAGAUUCUGGCAGAAAUCGCCAAGAAACUUCCCAUCUGCACGCGCGCUCAGUCAGGAGCUGUCAGGUUCUGUGAUCGCUGUCAGGUGAUAAAGCCAGACCGCUGUCACCACUGCUCCGUCUGUGAAACAUGUGUUUUGAAAAUGGAUCACCACUGUCCAUGGGUGAACAACUGUGUGGGAUUCUCCAACUAUAAGUUCUUUCUGCUGUUCCUGUCUUACUCCAUGAUCUACUGCGUCUUCAUUGCAUCAACAGUGUUUCAGUACUUCCUCAAGUUCUGGGUGGGAGAUCUUCCCAAUGGUUCUGCGAAAUUCCACGUGCUCCUCCUGUUGUUUGUGUCGCUCGUGUUUUUUGUCAGUCUCAUGUUCCUGUUUGGCUAUCACUGCUGGUUGGUGGCUAAAAACAGAUCCACGCUAGAGGCGUUUUCUGCGCCAAUGUUUCAGAACGGGCCUGACAGGAACGGCUUUAACGUUGGGCUCAACAGAAACCUCCAGCAGGUGUUUGGAGAGGAUAAAAAGCUCUGGUUUAUUCCAGUGUUCACAAGUCAGGGUGAUGGGCAUUAUUUCCCGCUGAGGACCCUGCGUGAAUCUGAGAAUCCUUUAUUGGCCAACGAGGGGGAACGGAUGGAGGACGCUGGGUCAGAUGAAGAAAGCACAGAUGAAAAUGGACCUUUAGUCAUUGUUAGGACAGAAUCAUAA